UACUGACCUGAUAUUUCCUCUCUGCCGACGGUCCCAACUGCUGCACCAGUGCAAUGCUCAGGCUGCAACAUUAGCAACCUCAUUUUCCAUUUUUUGUAACCCUUAAGUGGGGAUACUCGUCUUAUUCUUUUUUUCAGUCUUCUUUUCUUUUGUUGAGCAAACUGCACCAGGUUUUCGGACAUGCCUAACAUCGUGCUUUUUAGCGGGAGCUCUCACCACGACCUGUCUCAGAAAGUAGCUGAUCGGCUGGGGCUGGAGCUCGGCAAAGUGAUAACGAAGAAAUUCAGCAACCAGGAGACAUGCGUGGAAAUCGGGGAAAGUGUCCGAGGCGAGGACGUGUACAUCGUGCAGAGCGGCUGCGGCGAAAUUAACGACAACCUGAUGGAGCUGCUCAUCAUGAUCAACGCCUGCAAGAUCGCCUCCUCGUCCCGCGUCACCGCCGUCAUCCCCUGCUUCCCCUACGCCCGGCAGGACAAGAAGGACAAGAGUCGAGCACCCAUAUCAGCCAAGCUGGUGGCAAACAUGUUGUCUGUGGCUGGCGCCGACCACAUCAUCACCAUGGACCUCCACGCCUCACAGAUCCAGGGUUUCUUCGACAUCGCUGUAGACAACCUGUACGCAGAGCCUGCUGUUCUGCAGUGGAUCAGAGAAAACAUUCCUGAGUGGAAAAACUGUAUUAUCGUGUCUCCAGACGCCGGCGGAGCAAAACGCGUGACGUCCAUCGCCGACCGUCUGAACGUGGAAUUCGCCCUCAUCCACAAAGAGAGGAAGAAGGCCAACGAAGUGGACCGCAUGGUGCUGGUGGGUGACGUCAAGGACCGUGUGGCCAUCCUGGUGGAUGACAUGGCCGACACCUGCGGCACCAUCUGCCACGCCGCUGACAAGCUCAUCGAUGCGGGAGCGAUUAAGGUCUACGCCAUCCUCACACACGGUAUUUUCUCCGGUCCGGCCAUCUCUCGCAUCAACAACGCCCCGUUCGAGGCCGUGGUGGUGACCAACACCAUCCCACAGGAAGAGAAGAUGAAGGCGUGCCCGAAAAUACAGGUCAUUGACAUCUCCAUGAUCCUUGCGGAGGCGAUCAGAAGAACCCACAACGGCGAGUCAGUGUCUUACCUCUUCAGCCACGUACCCUUGUAAAUAACGAGAGAGGGUGACGGCCCCUGGCCCUCUCUGCCCCCCCCCCACCAUACUCCCCGAGCCCUCUCCCCGGUCAGGCCGCUCAGCCGGCACUUUUGGCCACAUAUUCUCCAGAAAAGGCUCAAAAAAUGCCUGAUGAUUUCUGGCCAACCACAUGUGGCUGUAUAACGGUCACACCCCCCCACAAACACAUACACACAUACACACACACACGCACACACGCACAUUUUCUUUGACAUUUUCACCCAGGAGACAGCGAAAUAUCACUUGCUUCUCUGAAGACCAAGUUUGUAUUUAUGACUACCUUCUUUUUCUCUCUCUGUUUAUUUUUUCUCUUGUUUCGAUUUCAGUCUCUAGCAGAGGCCAGGCCUUCACUUUAACCAAAGGGUCCAUUAUGUAAUAUUAUGUAUUAUUUGAACCUCACUUUAAAAGAGGCAUUCCACCCUGUUGUGUGAUUUUCAAAUAUUUUGGCCCUUUCUGCUUCGCAAAGUAAUAAAAGUAGUGAAAAAUGUGAAAAUGUGCACCUCCCUCCCCCCCAAGUGUUUGCUUUAACAGCUGCUAAAAGUAUUAAAAAUAGUUAUUGCCUAACCCUUAACUAGCUAAAGCUCUAUGGACUUUGAUUGUAAUAAUAGUUUAUGCUUAACGCUAUCAUAAGGUCCAUAACAGGACUUGCACCUCAAGUCAAAUUGUGUUGAUGUGACCACAGACAAAAAUAAAAGAGUAAAAUUAGAGGAUGAACACACUUGAUUCACUCAGUUUUAGAUCUGUCUUUUUUUUUUAGUGAGGUGUACCAAAUGUGCUGUCGCAUCUUCUGCUGUCACCCAGUGGUGGCACAUCUGUAUAACAUCCUUCCUGUUCAAUACCUUUUAAUUCUGCUUAAAAUAUAUAAAGUUGAACCACAACUUUCCGGUCUUGUCUGUCGUCGAUGCAAGGUGUUUUUGGGUGCAUUGCCCAUUUUCCAAAAGGUCAUGAUAAAUAAUUGAGCCCAAAGCUUGGUUAUAGUAUUAGGAGUUCAACCAUGAUUUGUCAGAAUAGUGUAAUUGUCACAGCUGUAGUGGGUGAUGAGGCAGGUUUCACUGUUUGCCUGUAGGUGGACAAAAAGUUGGUGAAAAGGCAUGAUUUAAUUUUUUUUUUUUUUUUUUAUAUGUAACACUUCAAGCUGUUUCUUUGACAAUAAAGCUUUGACAAUGGCUUACGAACACACUG